AUGCUCGGUAGACAAGUCCGAGUAUACCUUGUAAGGCCACAAAUAUCUCCAAAAUCACUUGCAACUGCAUCAAGACGCCCCCUUGAUGGCCCAGGACAUCUGUCGAGACGGUCGAUUUCAUCUGCAACCUUUACCGAACCGAUAGGCCGAGCUGUCGCGUCACUACCAUAUGCUAUACAACACGACAUUCCACAAGCUAUCCUCAACUUUAGUAGUGCAGCGUUUCCGGAGAGCUGGCCAGUCUAUAGCAUAGGCUUCUUCGCGUUUGCCGUCGCGACCCGUCUUUUGGUGUUUACACCUUGGGCAUAUUGGGCACGAAAGCGAAAAUGGAGAACGAAGGAAGUCGUAGAACCUCGACUGAUAGCCGAAUUUAAAUAUGGUUGGAGUUCAGAGCUGCGUGACAAGCUCAGGCGCAAAGGUCUAACCUCUCGGGAAUGGUUAAUGGCAAUCAACGACAACAUGAGCAUCCGACAAAAGGAGCUUGUGAAACAAUUCGACUGCGGUUCCUUCAAAACAACAGUCCUCCCGCUCGCCUUUACAGCCCCUGCAUUCAUCCUCUCCACAUCCAUAGCAUUCUCCGCCUCUCUUUUACCUGAAAUCGCGUCCAAUCCGACACUAAACGAAUUCUUCCUCGCACUGCCGACACAAGACCACUUUCCACUCCUCCCAGUCGGUCUAGGCGUCUUUGCACUCUUGACGACCGACAUAGGAACAUGGUCACCGAAGAGUCUGAAGCAGAUGAACAGUAUCGAAGCGCCAGUAGCGGAAGAGGAAACGAACAAUGGCUCACCGUCAAAGAUUGUGGAAGUGAAACCGCACAUCAUCGCACUAACAUUUUCUCGACUGUGGAGCCUAGCGCGUGUAGUCGUGGCGAUAGGUUUACCAGGAACGGUACAAAUAAUCUGGUUUACAUCUGCUCUCAUGAGCUUCCUCGAAGCACGGAUCUUUAGUUGGAUAGAAUCCAGGAGAAGGAACAACUGGGGCGGCAACAGUCCUCUCAUCAAGAUGAAGAUUGGACAGCUCAGGAAACUCGGCGUCGAAAUCUCGCCAGAUAUACCACUAGAACGACUCGGAGUGGUCGACUAUAGUACCGCCACGCCCGGAUAUUUUCCUCGACCACGACAAGUGGGUCCGCUCGAACGUGCUAGGGAUGCGAUUGCGGAUUUGAGCUUUAGGCUAAAGGCGAUGAGCCCUGGUCCUACUUCGUCCGCCCAACCGGCAGAUCACGUGCGGGAUGGCUUUGUACGUGUCAAUGAACGCGGUUCAGCGCUCAAAGAGGAUACGGCAAAGCAGGAGGAAGUAAAGGUACCUCGAGAGGGUACGAAGAAGUCGAAGAAGGGUAUGACUUGA